CUAACGGACACGGUCUGGUCUGUCGCUGCAGCAUGGCUCCGCUACGCUUCUCCGCCAAUCUGUCCUGGCUGUUCCCGGAACUCCCCGACCUCCCUGCGCGACUGCGGGCUGCGGGCAGCUCGGGCUUCGAGGCCGCCGAAGUGGCCUGGCCGUACGCGGAGCCGCCCGAGGCUCUGGCGCGCGCCGCGCGGGCAGCGGGGCUGCAGCUGGUAUUGAUCAACACGCCCCCGGGAGACCAGGAGAAGAGGGAAAUGGGGCUGGGGGCCGUCCCCGGGAGACAGGCGGCUUUCCGAGAAGGGCUGGAGCAGGCUGUGCUGUACGCCAAGGCUCUGGGCUGUCCUAGGAUCCACCUGAUGGCUGGCAGAGUACCCCAGGGGGCUGACCGAGCAGCAGUCACAGGUGAGAUGGAGACAGUUUUUCUGGAGAACCUAAGGUAUGCAGCUGGAGUUUUGGCUCAGGAGAACCUCGUGGGACUGCUGGAGCCCAUUAAUACGCGUAUCACUGACCCCCAGUACUUCCUGGAUACACCCCAGCAGGCGGCUGCCAUCUUACAGAAGGUUGGAAGACCCAACCUCCAAUUACAAAUGGAUAUAUUCCACUGGCAGAUCAUGGAUGGGAACCUGACGGGAAACAUUCGGGAGUUCCUGCCUAUCAUUGGCCUCAACAGGAGCCUGGCCCCAUGUCUUUCCACAUCUGUCCCUAGGGCACGUACAGGUGGCACAGGUCCCUGGCCGAGGGGAGCCAGGGAGCCCUGGAGAGCUGCAUUUCCCCUAUCUGUUCCAGCUGCUGGAAGAUGAAGGCUACCAAGGCUUUGUGGGCUGUGAGUAUCAGCCUCAAGGAGACACAGUAGAGGGUCUGAGUUGGCUACGUUCAUACUGGGAUAAGCGGGGCCACCCACGGGUUGUCCAGUGAGGUCCUGCACACUACCCACAUGCCUCUCUGGGGCAAUGAGUGAGCACCCCGAGUCGUCUUCUUUGAAUUAAAGACAACUUACUGAA